AGACGAUCGACUUCACACUUUUGCUUUGGAUAAAUUGAAUUUUGAAGUGUUGCUUUGGAAGCGGAUUACAGCCCAAAGAUGCCGGGCAGACCUAAUACUGCCGUUGUCAACCUCACUGAGACCAUGAAUCCAGGAAACAGCCCCUCAUCUCCUUAAAGUUUAACCAUUGGCCUCUACACUUUUAGGAAAGAAGAUGAAAUCUAACAAGAAGGACAAGAUAAAUACAGAGAAGGUCUUGGUUUAUGAGCCGGGGAUCCCGGAGCCAACAAGCAGAGCUGAGCUCAUGAAAUAUUGGAUUAAUUUGUCUUUGGAUGACAAGACCGCCAACAAGAUGUUGUGGAUUUCCGACAGCGGCCUGAUGGUGCGUCGUAGAACCGAGGAGAUUUGUCCCGUCCUGGAUCGACCAGAGAGAUACGAGUACUCUCCACAGGUGCUGUGCAAAGAGGGCCUGUUAAACAUGAGGGCUUACUGGGAGGUGGAGUACUCCGGCUGGGUGGUAAUCGGAGCCACCUAUGAAGGCGCUGGAAGGAGAGCGAAUGCUGGGCCGAGCGGGCUGGGAGAAAACGAGGAGUCCUGGGGUCUGUGUUGGUCGGGAACAUGUUACCAGAUCUGGUUCAACGGCGUAUACAAAGACAUAAAGGAUGUCCCGUUUAGCCCCACGAUCAGCGUUUACAUCGACCAGCCUGCGGGGAUAAUAAACUUUUACACCAUAACUGGCGAGGGGGCGGAGAGGGAGGCGAGGCUGUUGUAUAAAGUUAAGACGACCAUCGAGAAGAAGAUUCUACCAGGUUUCUGGAUGGGAGUUCAGUCCACGUGCACGAUGCUGAGGAAUACAGACUGCACUAAAAAUGAAUGAAUCUGUGUUAAUGAUGUGGCAGCCAGUCGAGCGCCACUUGAAACACAUCUUAUUUAAUCUCUUUAAAUAAUAUUUAACAGUAUUUAAUAGUAUUUAACCUGUUUAAUCCAAAAUGCAUCAAUUCUGUUCUGAUCGUGUGAGGUGUUAAUAGAGAUAUUCAUUGUACAUUGACUGGUCAUGAUUGACUACAAUAUAUUUUUCUAUUUUUGUUUACUUGUUGUGCUUUUAUUGUGAAAUUUAUGUCUCGUUAUAAAUAGCAUCAUAGUGCAUAUUAGUGUACUGAUCAUGUUAUUUACAAAAGUUCAGUGGCAUGUGACUUUAUGAAAACUGAAAUAAAACAUGUAUUCAAACCCAA